AUGGGGCUGCAGGGCGGCGGCGGCGGCGCGCCCAUGGGGACGAGCGCCAUGGUCGGCGUCAUCUUCGGCUCCGUCCUCAGCCUCGCCGUCGUCGCCGCCUUCCUCUUCGUCUGCUGCGUCCGCAGGCGCCGCGCCAAGUCCGAGCGCGAGUCCCGGCUGGCCAUGGCCGCGCCCGCGCCCGCGGCCCAGUACCCGGACGAGAAGGGGGCCGCCCCCGCCGCCGUCGGCAAGAGGCCC